GGUGGCUGCUACCUGAAAAACGGGCUGUACUUCAGAAAAGUUGGGAGCUGUCUUUGUAUCGGUCCCAGGCCUUAGGAUAGGUAGGAGCUGGAGAGACCGGGACACCAAACAUACAAAUAGGCUGAAAGGUAUAGAAAGCGAGAAUGUUCUCUGCCUGACCUGCCUUGCAGGUUGAAGUGAGAAGUACUGAGGCCUGAAAAGGCUCCUUGCGCGAUCAAGAGGCCGUUUGUUAUUAGCAAGGGUGUUAUUGUGAUGACGCCAGUGCCCCGCCUGUCAAUGGACCGGCCGGCGCGGAAAGGGAAAGCCCAGGAUAGGCGGAGGCCAGCGGGGACUCCUCGAGCCAAGAGGUUCCCUCCGUCCGCGGCGGACAGAAAGGGCGACUGCGCAGCCACUUCCCGGUCCCGUGACCUGAGAGGAGUUACCGCGGAGAAGAGGCUCCCGAGCCCCACUCUCGCUGAUCCCAAGUUUUCCUCUGCUGAGUUCCCGCUGGGCGGCGCGAACUGCGCAGGUCCAAGUCUGCAGCAGACACGCCCCACUGCGGGCGCAGGGACUUCCGAGGGGCGCUCUUGCGUCAUUUCCGCCCUCGUUCUUUGCCCAACGUGGAGGGGGAGGAGCCGGAGAAAGGCGCUCUGUCUGUACGUCACUUCCGUUGAGCCUAGCGGCGACAACGGCAACAUGGCUCUGAAUGGCGCUGAAGUCGACGAUUUCCCCUGGGAGCCUCCGACCGAAGCGGAAACGAAGGUUCUGCAAGCGCGACGCGAGCGACAGGAUCGCAUCUCCGCGCUCAUGGGCGACUACCUGCUGCGUGGCUACCGCAUGCUGGGCGAGACGUGCACGGACUGUGGGACGAUCCUCCUCCAAAACAAGCAGCGGCAGGUGUACUGCGUGGCCUGUCAGGAGCUCGACUCAGACGUGGAUAAAGAUAAUCCGGCUCUGAAUGCCCAGGCCGCCCUCUCCCAAGCUCGGGAGCACCAACUCGCCUCUUCCUUGGAGCUCCCCGCAGGCUCUCGGCCCACCCCUCAGCCCCCAGUACCCCGUCCAGAGCACUGUGAGGGAGCUGCAGCGGGGCUGAAGGCAGCCCAGGGGUCGGCCCCUCCUGCUGCGCCUCCAAACGCAGAUGUCGUGGCCAGCACGCAGGAGGCCGUCCUGCAGAAGCUGACCUGGGCCUCCGCCGAACUGGGCCCUAGCGCCUCCCUGGAGACUAGCAUCCAGCUCUGCAGCCUCAUCCGGGCUUGUGCCGAGGCCCUGCACAGCCUGCAGCAGCUGCAGCACUAAGAGCCCCUCCCCGCCAACCCCCCCCCAGAAAAACCCUCUA